AUGUCUCAGCAACCCCCUCCCUAUUCUCCACAAGGCUACCCUCCACAGCAGGGGUACCCACAACAAGGCUACCCGCAGCAAGGCUACCCGCAGCAGCAGGGCUAUCCCCAGCAGGGCUACCCACCGCAAGGCAGCAGCACACAGCAUGUGACGGUGAUCCAUGAGCAUCGUGGAACAUAUUGCGGCCCCAUCAGCCUUCUCAUUGCCAUCUGCUUCUUCCGUGAGUACCAAUAG